GGUAGGGUGAAGGCUGGAUGGGAGGUUCAUGCCCUUGUUUGAAACAGCAGCUCACGAGAAGAUGAGGAAGUGGGCGUGAUGACAGCCUAUUUAUUCUCUCUCCCUCUCUGCCGCGGAGUGUUCAAAACACACCUGACUCUGAAGUCACUUCCACCUUCGACUGCAGUUUUUCCAGCUAAGUUUCAGCCAUCAUGCUGUGUCCGGGCCGGUUCCAAACGGGCUUCGCGCUUCUCCGGCGGAUAGAGCCGAUCGUCGUGAUGGAGCAGCUGGGCAGCACCCUCUUCGAGACCGCCCUGCAGAUGGUGGUCAGAGACCGGUGCGCCAACGCCACGUACCCCGAUGUCUCCCGGGAUGACAGCCAGCAGAAAGCCAUAACGAACUUCUACAUGAACUACAACCUCAUCACCAAGCUGACCCCCAUCAUCCCGGCGCUGCUCCUGGCCAGGCUGAGCGACCGCGGCUGGAGGAGAGCCCCCGUCGUGGCGCCUCUGACCGGGUACCUGCUGUCCAGGCUCUUCCUGCUCCUGGUCGUCCUCCUCCGCCUCCCGCUGGAGGUGAUGUUCGGGGCGACGGCUGUCUACGGGCUCUCCGGAGGGUUCAGCGCGUACUGGGCCGGGGUGAUGACUCUGGCGUCGCUGGACUCCACGCCGACCGACCGCUCCAAGGUUAUGAUGUCAAGUCGAUAUACUGAGAAAUUGCAGGUCAUGAUGAUAGUGGAGCUCCUGUACGGGAUAGCAGGUCUGGUGGGCAGCUUGGUGUCCGGCCAUCUGUUCCAGCUCUACACCCCCAAUUUGGCUCAGGGGACCAUCCUCCUCAUUGUGAGCACCGUGCUGCACCUGCUCUGCCUCAUACAGUCAAUAGUCCUGCUGCAGGUGAAACAAGUACACAAAAGAGAGCCAGAUGAGAGCUCCCACCUCCUCUCUCGCGCCUCCAGCAGCUCUCUCGCAGUCGAGGCUCCCGCCGCCGUGAAUGUGGUGAACGUGGUCCUGCUCUUCGCCGCUGCCAUCCUGUACGACUUUGCAGUGGGCGGAGCGGCAGAAAUUCUGACUGCCUUCGUCCUGAAGGCGCCACUCAGCUGGAGCGCCACUCAAGUUGGUUAUGGGAAUGCGGCCGGCUUUGGGAUUUUCCUCACCAGUUUCCUUGGCGUCAUUUUAUUUCGCCGCUGGGCAAGCGACGCCACGCUGAUCCUGAUUGGCAUGAUGUCAUUCGCCGUGGGGAUCUACUGGAUGUCCUUUGCCACAGCCACCUGGAUAUUCUACCUCGCUCGUUCCCUCACCCUGUUCGCUCUCAUCCCGAUGCCCACGAUCAGAUCUCUGCUCUCACAGCAGGUUCCACUAUCGUUAUAUGGCACCAUCCUCACCUGCCUGCAGGUGGCUCUGAUAUUUGCCGGCCUGGCGUACAUCCCAGCGUUUACUAAGAUCUACCAGGGAACCCUGGACUGGUUCCCAGGCUUCGUCUUCACGCUCUCCAGCGCCUUCUCCGUCCUGGCAAUGAUACCCAUCAGCAUCACCGGCUGCAGAUCGGCCCAGAGGAGACAGUACGAGAGGAUCCAGGGCGACUGAAGCAACAAAGUCCGUCUCCGGGCAGUGGGUUCAUUCGUGUUGAUGUGAGGCGGUGGGGAACCGAGAUUCGAAAUGGUCAAAAAGAGAACUGUGUAUUUGAUUGCGCUUCCUGAAUUGCUGAAGCUACAGCGGCAGAGAACGAGUUUCUCCUGGUUUCACCUGCUAUACAGGAAGCUUCGUGUUUAAUAUGAGCAUUUAACAAGAACUGUGAUUCUGUGUGUUGUAAUAACGCCUGCGUGGACUGAUGACCUUAAGCCAAACUGACGUCAUAAACAUAUUGCAUCAGAUUUGCGCCACCAAGCUAUAGAAAUAAGGUUCUCCUCCUGAAAACAACACGGUGGUUUCAACAUAAUGUAGUUUUGUUGUGUCAGAUGUGAAAACCCCAUCUGUGGGGACCAGCUGGAGAAGGAGAGAAACUAUAAGUUUUAACUUAAGUGAACGGUUUAAUAUGGGUUUGCUGUCAUGAAUCAGUUUAUCUGUUCUUUAAAUGUCACAUUUGAUUCCGUGACCCUUAGUGGGGAGGUUCAAGUGAGAGGGAUACAGAAAUACUAGUUUUAUACAAGUUGUUUUUCCUGGAAUUUAUAGUUAGUAUGUUGUUAUAUGCUAAACUCAAUGAGGUUGUUGCUCAGUGGACAGGAGGAGGAGGAGGAGGGACGCAGCAGGAAGAGAGAGAUUGUUGUGAAUGAAUGAGGAUGAAGAUCAUCUUCCUGAUAGUCUUUAGCCUCUCAUCCAAGCAGCUUCUUCAGGCCUUUUGGUGUGGUGUUGGGGUCUUAAUAGGAACAUCUGACAUCUGACUGGGGUGAGGGACAUCUGACUGGCAACUGUGUAAAAAAUGACGAACUGAGUAAUUAAAAUUAACAGUGCAUCUUACCGAAUCCAUCUUACCGAUUCCAUACUUCCAGACAGGAAUAAAACAGCAUUAUUGGUCAUCGGCUUCUUAAGAAUUUGAGACGAAUGCGGUGCCCGGAUAAAGAACACGUGGGCAGUUUCCAGAAAUGUAUUAAAGUUACGGAAACUAAAAAUAAUGCAAGCUGUAGGACAAAAGUAGACAAAUGGCAGACGUGAUACACUAUUAGUUGUCAAAAGGUUUAGGACACAUGUUUUGUCAAAAUUUGGAUUCAAGACGGGAAGUUAAACUUUUGUUAUCACUGUCAGAUCAAAUCUUCCCACCACCCCAGUCUUAUUUAGGGUGUUGACUCCGUAUACUAAGUCACUCAUCUGAUCUUUUUUUUGUUUUUUUUUUUUAAUGUGAACUGUUAUUUUACAGUGGAUUGAAUUUAACUUUUUUUAAUAUCCUUUUUUACUCUUUAGUUUUUAUUAUUGUGUUUUACAUUCACCUGUUCAUUUUGUAUUUCAUUGCAAAGCACUUUCCGCUAACCUAUUAGAAAGAUACUGUAAUGCCAGUUUCCUUUAUUUUAGUCUGUGUGAUUGUCAAAUUGUGUGUACAUUGGAACGGUCUACAUAUUUAAAAAGUAAAAUAAGUAAAACAUAAAUGUAGCACUGUACAGUGACAGUGACAAAGACAGCAGUGCUUUAUGGUACUGACAGCAACAUUUGAAGGGAAGAAAAUCCUUUUAAUAUAACCUUUUUUAUGGAUUCAAUUGUUGCACUUUAAUUUGUUGGCACUUUAAAGACACACAAAAUUGUUGUGGUCAACCAGUUUCUCAGGUCAAGAAACUGUUACGACACUUAAAGGUAAACAAUUAUGUUUGUGUUAAUGUCUAGUUUUUGUAUGUUUAAUAAAAAUCUGAGAAUCUG